AUGUAUCCGACACCUCACGCCUCCGGAUCCCCCGGAAAGGACACUGCAAGAGCCAGGUUGACUGGCUCUGGUCAAAGUGGCGGAAUCAUGUCCGAGAUCUUCGGAUCGAGCGAUUGUUUCGACGAAUCCUUGCCUCACGCGGGUCCAUCCAACGAUAGGGCGCGUGGGGAUGGUGGUGAUGUCUCUGAGCAUCACCACGAGCGAAGCAACUCAAGGGAUCGGGGUAACACUGGUGCCAGUGCUCAUGCUGGCACCAAUCAAGAGGCCAGGGACCAAAAUGUCCUACGCCACGCCCCUCAAGUGGAGUAUCCGUGGAUACCGCCAUCCAGAGAGUUGAACCGGUUGGACGGCACGACUACCGAACGGGAUCGAAUCCCGUUGUUCGAUUGCAGGAAGAUUUGCCCACCUGAUUCCAGCACGGAAAUUAUCCGUGCUAAAGAAGAAUUCUUAACCGAUGCGUUCUUCAAACAUCGGUGGUACAAUGGUAGCCGUGAACGAGACGGCAAAGCCUUGGUGCAAGGAUGGAAUGCCUUCAUCCAUAACAUCGAGUGCAUCGGCCGUGAUGCCUGA